AUAAAACCUGUCCGGGCUUGGUCUGACCUCUGUGCCUCAUUUCCAAACCUUUCUGACCUCCUUUUGAAUCGCUCUUCCUCAGCCUAGUCCAUCUCAGAAACAUGGGUCCCAAAAAACCAGAGCCCAAGAAAGAGCCAGUAAAGCUUGCUCCUCCUCCGGAACCGGAGAAGCCCAAGGAGCCAGAGUUUGACCCGAAGAGCAUCGCGAUUGAAUUCAGUCCUGAUCAGAUUGAAGAGUUUAAGGAGGCCUUCAUGCUGUUUGACAGAACAGCGCAUGGAGAGAUGAAGAUCUCCUACGCCCAGUGUGGUGAUGUCAUGAGGGCGCUGGGCCAAAACCCUACCAAUGCUGAGGUCAUGAGAGUGCUAGGCAAACCCAAGCUUGAAGAACUGAACACCAAGCUCAUGGACUUUGAGACCUUCCUGCCCAUGUUCCAGCACAUAUCCAAGUCAAAGGACCGGGGCACGUUCGAGGACUUUGUGGAGGGGCUGCGUGUCUUUGACAAAGAAGGAAAUGGCACUGUAAUGGGAGCAGAACUACGCCACGUGCUUCAAACGUUAGGGGAGAGGAUGACAGAGAAAGAGGUUGAACAAAUAGUGGCAGGACAAGAGGAUGGUAAUGGCUGCAUCAAUUAUGAAGCUUUUGUUAAACACAUCAUGUCUGGAUAAACGCCACAGGCUUCAAUGGUCAGUCUUACAAGAUCUGGUACCCACUCAACAUGGAAAUGAAAAACUCCUAAAUCUCCUAAAUCUUUUUAAAAAGCUAUUUAUGUUAUAGAACAUGCUGAAUAAAAGGUUUUUGCAUGUGAUAUAUUCAUGAUAAUGUGAUGCACCACGAAAAAAAAAAAGUUAAGCCUACUGUGAUUACCAUGCCCUAAAACACACCUCAAACACAAUGUAAAAACACUGGGACGAGGGCGCCACCUUGUGCCUGAAAGUGUAACUAGCAGCAUGACAUCAUCUGUGUCUGCAGCGCAGCACCCCAGGCAUCCCUACAAUCCAGUGAAAGAGAACCACAGCGCUGUACAGUAAUAAUCAAGCCUUUCAAAUGGAGGAGGGAAAAACACAGUGCUGUGAAGGGCUGUGUCACUGCAGGACUGGACCUGCUUUGCAAAAAGACCCUUAUGACAAGAACUGCCCAGUCCACUUUUCAGUUUAAAAGAGUAACAAUAUAUAACCAAAUAAAAUGGCUUAUGUUCCAAA